CAAAGGGUUUAAUUUGAUCCACUUGUUGUAAAAUCGUGUAAGAUAUUCAACUUAAAACUGUUGAACUUAAACCGAUUUGUAGCUAGCUAGGUAGCUGGUUAAAGCUAUUUAAAGCUAGCCGCCUAUCAGUUUAGGUUAAAGCGGGGUAAAUGUUAACUCAAAUGCCCAGCUCUAUCAAAAGUAACAUAUAACAAGUCCACAGCCUCAACAUACACAUAACAUCAUGUAGAGACAUUAAAAAGCAGCUGACACACCGCAGUGGCUAAAGAGACACGGCCGAGAGGACACCACAUAUAAAUCUCUAAUCUUAUCUCCAGGAGAGGCAGCUCCACUUGUUUACAAUCUGCAGCCACACUGUCAACCUGUAGCUCCACAGAAGAGACCACACGUCCCACAGCAUGACAACCAUCCAGCUGCCAGAGGAAAGCAGUCAACCAUUGAAUCAAAGACAGGCAGUGAUUCCACGACCAGGCCGCCACAGAAAGCCCAUGACGGCUCCAAAGACUCAGAAAGACAAGGCGUCUAAGAGGAAGAAAGUGUUGCUGACUAUCUUGACUGUGGUGGUGCUCCUGGGGAUACUGGCCACUGCAGCGUAUUUCAUUAAGCAGCUGAUUGAGACCAAGUACUUCUUCUGCUCGCGUUCACUAAAGUUCAUCCCAAUAGAAGUAACCUGUGAUGGGAAAGAUGACUGUUCUGGAGGAGAGGAUGAAGUUACUUGUAUGUCAAGAUUUACGGUCAACUCCACCUUUCCAGUGCGUCUCAUAUCAGGUAAGCACAUCCUGCAGGUAUACAGUCCCAGCUCAGGCUGGAGGAGUGUGUGUAGUGACGACUGGACCGAGCAGCACACACAGAAAGCAUGCAAGUACCUGGGAUACACAAAUAAACCUCAUAGCACCAAUGUCCCAGUGGGCACUUUACUGUUCUCCUUGAAAACUGGACCGUUCGCAGCCAUCGGGCCAGGGGCGAAAACCGCACCCAUACACCAGGCUGCCAUUGAUCGGCGUGUUUGCAGAUCUGGAUCUGUGAUAUCUUUGUCCUGUUCAGACUGCGGAGAGGUGGGCUUUCAGGACCGUAUCAUCGGGGGCUCAGAUGCCCUCAUCGAGGACUGGCCCUGGCAGGUCAGCCUGCAGCAGGGUGGGCAGCAUACAUGUGGAGGCUCGCUGGUGUCACCACGUUGGGUAGUCACUGCUGCCCACUGCUUUACAGGCAGUAAAAAGGAGCUGAGUCGCUGGAGAGUGGUGUCAGGUCAGACAUUCAUGGGAACGCUGGGAGGUUCCUAUGUGGACAGAAUCAUAGUAAACGGAAAUUACGACCCAGCGCGCAACGACUAUGACAUAGCGCUGAUGAGACUCAGAAGCCCGAUCACAGUCGCAGAUGCCCGCAAACCUGUUUGUCUCCCCCCUGAAGCCUUUGGCCUGGCUGCCGGAGCCUCCAUGGCUGUGACUGGCUGGGGAUACCUGGAGGAAAAUGGUAAAGUUUCUCCUUCACUUCAGAAGGCCAGCAUCCCUCUGAUCGACCACACUGUGUGUUCCAGUCCCAAAGUGUACGGUAGUUCUGUAACACAAAGGAUGAUGUGUGCCGGCUUCCUGGAGGGGAAGGUCGAUGCUUGCCAGGGGGACAGUGGAGGCCCUCUGGUGCACUUCACUUCCUCCCGGUGGCAUCUGGUUGGAGUGGUGAGCUGGGGCGUUGGCUGUGCCCGGAAAGGAAGACCAGGUGUUUACUGCAACGUGGAAGAAAUGCUCAACUGGAUUCAUACGACCAUUGAGAAAAACCCCUGAGGUUGCCCACAACAGAUCUCGUGACCCUAAGACGUGAGACAAAAGAAGGGGAAGUGAAAGAGGCAUCUCAACAACAAACUGUUAAAUGCAACCAAAUGCAAAGUGUUGUUUGUGUCAUUUCAGGUUCUUAUCUCAGGGGUAUAUUCAUGUAGCUGUCCGUUGUUUGCCAGUCUGAGGUCUUCUUAGCAGAAUACUCAUGCAUGUGUUUAGCAUGGGUUAUUAGCGUUAAUAUCAGUUACUAAAAUAGAAUAUGUGAUCUCUGACACUAACGAGAGGAUAAAGGUAAUAACUGUUUUAACUGUGAAGAUGUAGUGCAUUACCAAACUGGCCGACCUCAGGCGUCAUGUACAUGAUGAAUGUUUUUAGGUGUGAAAUGUGAGGGAUCAUAGGGUAAACUGCUGCGUGUGAGUCAGUGUGAAGCCUCAGGUUAAUAUCACCAGUCCAGUAAGUUUAAUGCAUUUGUGGUACUGAUUCACUUGAUCUGAUCUGUGUUACUAUUCAAGGGCAAUCGCACCUUUUUACUGUACAGAUUGUGUGUUCUCUCUCUACCACAGAAUGACACAGGCACUUUAGCUGGAAAGGGGUGUGUGUGUGUGUGUGUGUGUGUGUGUGUGUGUGUGUGUGUGUUUAAAGUGACUAGUCCAAUAAUGCACUGAAGGAUGUCAAAUCACAGUUGUGUUCAUGGUGCUUCCACAUGGAGUCUUAAAAGUGCACCUAGUUUUCCAUUCACAUCUUAUUAAAGAUGGCGGUCAUGUUGUUUUUACCUUCACCAACAAAGGAUAUAAAUGUAACUUCCUGAAACUCAAGCGUGUGGUAUGUUAAUUUUUCAAAUUUGUGCACUCAGGCAAAACCCCCACAAGGUUUCUUCAUUUUAAAGCAAUCUGUUGUACGGUAAAUCAAAAUUUUUUUAAUUUAUCAUUCUCUGGUUAACAGACUUAACAAAAGUAGAAAUUAGCACUUGACUUGAAGUAAUGGUCAAUAUAUUGUAUAUACUGUAUAUUAAAAAAAUACUGAACACAGAUAGGAAUUUUUUUUCAAGGUUUGCAUGCAAUUUGGCACAUUUGACUGUAUAUAGGGUACUUGUUGAUUUUAUGUCUAAAUGUGUUGUAAAUACAGUAUAAUAAAGACAUCUGCUUUUAUUUGAUCCCUCCUUGUUCCAUUAUGUGUCAUUUUCCCCCCAAAACACACACACACUCCCACAACGAGAAGUAGGGAAGUGAAAUUACAGAUUACAAUUUUAAUCUCAAAUUUCCAACUGUAGUCGUCUCACAUAUCUGGCUUUUCAUGCAGCAGUU